AUGUGCUAUAUUGUUUGCCCUGCAGAUGAGGAGACAAAUGGUUACUCGGCACAAUAUUCGUCAACUGGUUUUACUGAUAUGGGGAACACAGGUAAUGAAGGUAUUUACAGACAUUUCAUCUAUUUGCUUUUAUUCAUGAUAUUGAAGUUCAAACCAGAUGUUGUGAUUACAGAAAAGGGGCUCAGUGACCUGGCAUGCCAUUAUCUGAGCAAGGCCGGUGUUACUGCAAUUAGGAGGUUGAGAAAAACAGAUAAUAACAGAAUUGCCAAGGCUUGUGGGGCAGUUAUUGUCAACAGACCCGAUGAACUGCAAGAAUCUGAUAUUGGUACUGGGGCUGGAUUAUUUGAGGUUAAAAAAAUUGGAGAUGAGUUCUUUACAUUCAUCGUUGAUUGCAAAGAUCCCAAGGCAUGUACAGUACUCUUAAGAGGUCCGAGUAAGGAUAUGUUAAACGAAGUGGAAAGAAAUUUACAGGAUGCCAUGGCAGUAGCAAGAAAUAUCCUGAAGAAUCCAAAACUUGUUCCUGGUGGUGGUGCUGCAGAGUUAACUGUUUCUGCUACACUGAAGCAAAAGAAUCCAAAACUUGUUCCUCGUGAGAGGCCAAAUGCCAAGUCUCUUGUGACUGCCCUUGUUCUUCUUCAAAAGGAAACUUCGUUGAAGCGUAAAGAUAUUAUAUCAGCUUUUGUUUCAUGUAUAGGUAGUUAG